AUGGGCUGGACCGCUGGGAUCCCCCGUAUUGACGCCAGCCAUUGCGGGGUUUUCCCCCAAGCCUUGGCCCGAGCUAGGCCGGUGGCGGCGCUUCUGGGGGCUGGGGCUGGGAUUUUGGGCAAUCAGGGCGACGCUGACUGGCCACGGCCCAAAGGCGACAGAUCUGGGUACUUGUACGCGGCACAGCGCUGGCGCCCACAUGGCAGCAUCAAGUACUCACGGUACUGCAAAGGACGAGACGAACAAGACGCAGAAACAGACAGAAUCUCAUCAAUGCCUCGUUUCUGUUUCAAGUCACUUCCGACGGAGCCUUGGCUGGAACUCGCAACAAUAAACCAUGCAGCCAUCGCGCCGUGUACCAAUACUUGCGCUUUAAGUGCCUGCAGACCGAGGACGAAUGAGAUUCGAGCGACUGCGUGUGUCGCGUGUGCGGCCGUCGAGAGCGUCCAUCUCAUGGCGGAGGCGAUCAUGGGUUGCCAAGAGGCCAAUUCCAAUUCACAUCCAUGUUCCCUGAUCUUUGUUUCUCUUCUGCAUCUUUACGAUAUAUUUUGUGCAACUCGUCUGUACCUCUUCACUCCCCGAUUAGAUUCUCAGCCUCCAGCAACAGCCCCAACAAGAAAAUCAUCAAGUUCAGUACAAUUGGAAAAGCAACUGCUCAGAGUCGCAUUGCUACCACCUCUUAGUCCAAAUCUAGCGCCAACCACCGCCGGCGUUCGGUAG